AUGCAUUCUCGCGAGAUUUACCGGCAGCCAUCUUCUUGGGGGUGCUGGAAGCCGGGAAGACCCCCGAACCGUCCCCAUUGAGCCGCCCUUCGUCCUCGCUCUCUUCACCUCUGCUCUGCCGCGUUGCCAACCAGCACCUCACCCCGAGGCUGAGAGGGAAGCCUGGGUCUAAGCGCGUCCGGCCGUCCUCCGGGAAGAUCCACUGGGGAGCAGGGCAAGGGGGAGGGCCCGCGUAAACCGUCGCCGCCUCAGCCUGGGGCCGGGGGUCCGCGGAGGGGCAGCUCCGGGUAGCAGGUGGGCGCGUGGCCUGCGGCGGCCCCGCCGAGCUGCUCGCCGAGCGCGGCUCGCGGGAACCUGCCAGCGGCACCUCCCACCGCGGCCCACGCGGACGGCGCGCGGAGGAGGGGGCGGCGGCGGCGGCGGCGGCGGCGCGGCGACGGCGGCGGCGGCGGCUGCUACUGCGACCUGGGCGAGCGCAGCAGUGUGACCGGCCUCGGGGCCGCGGUGGAUGGUUUCUAAGAUGAUCAUUGAAAACUUCGAGGCGCUCAAGUCCUGGCUCAGCAAGACCCUCGAGCCCAUCUGUGAUGCUGAUCCAUCAGCCCUAGCAAAAUAUGUUUUGGCUCUUGUAAAGAAAGACAAAAGUGAGAAGGAAUUAAAGGCAUUAUGCAUUGAUCAGCUUGAUGUAUUUCUUCAGAAAGAGACACAAAUAUUUGUGGAAAAACUUUUUGAUGCUGUGAAUACAAAGAGUUAUCUACCUCCUCCAGAGCAGCCAUCAUCAGGAAGCCUGAAGGUAGACUUUCUUCAGCACCAAGAAAAAGAUAUAAAAAAAGAAGAGCUCACAAAGGAGGAAGAGCGAGAGAAGAAGUUUUCCAGAAGGCUGAAUCAUAGUCCUCCCCAGUCAAGCUCCCGAUACAGAGACAAUAGAAGCCGUGAUGAGAGGAAAAAAGAUGAUCGUUCUCGAAAAAGAGAUUAUGAUCGAAACCCUCCUCGAAGAGAUUCAUACCGAGACCGGUAUAACAGAAGGCGAGGGAGAAGUCGCAGUUACAGCAGGAGCCGGAGUCGGAGUUGGAGUAAAGAGAGGCUUCGUGACAGGGAUAGAGAUAGAAGCAGGACGAGGAGCAGGAGCAGGACACGAAGCCGGGAAAGAGAUCUGGUGAAACCUAAAUAUGACCUGGACAGAACAGAUCCACUAGAAAAUAAUUAUACACCAGUCUCUUCAGUGUCUAAUAUUUCAUCUGGCCACUAUCCCGUACCGACUUUGAGCAGUACCAUUACUGUAAUCGCUCCUACUCAUCAUGGUAAUAACACUACCGAAAGUUGGUCUGAAUUUCCUGAAGACCAGGUAGAUCACAACGCUUACGUAAGGCCACCAAUGCCAAAGAAACGGUGUAGAGAUUAUGAUGAGAAGGGGUUUUGUAUGAGAGGUGAUAUGUGUCCCUUUGAUCAUGGAAGUGACCCAGUCGUGGUAGAAGAUGUAAACCUGCCUGGGAUGUUGCCUUUCCCAGCACAGCCACCUGUUGUGGAAGGACCGCCUCCUCCUGGACUUCCGCCACCUCCUCCAAUCCUUACACCCCCACCUGUCAAUCUUAGACCCCCAGUGCCACCUCCAGGUCCAUUACCACCCAGUCUGCCACCUGUCACAGGACCACCUCCUCCACUUCCUCCUUUACAGCCAUCUGGCAUGGAUGCACCACCCAAUUCUGCUACCAGCUCUGUUCCUACUGUAGUAACAACUGGCAUUCAUCACCAGCCGCCUCCUGCUCCACCCUCUCUUUUUACUGCAGAUGCCUACGACACAGACGGCUACAAUCCAGAAGCACCGAGCAUAACGAGCACGUCCAGACCGGUGUAUAGACACAGAGUGCAUGCACAGAGGCCCAACUUGAUAGGACUGACAUCCGGGGACAUGGAUCUACCACCCAGAGAAAAGCCUCCUAAUAAAAGCAGCAUGAGGAUAGUAGUGGAUUCAGAAUCAAGGAAAAGAACCAUUGGGUCUGGGGAACCUGGAGUUUCUACAAAGAAGACAUGGUUUGACAAACCAAAUUUUAAUAGGACAAACAGUCCCGGUUUCCAGAAGAAGGUUCAGUUUGGAAACGAAAAUACUAAACUUGAACUUCGGAAAGUUCCUCCAGAAUUAAAUAAUAUCAGCAAACUUAAUGAACAUUUUAGUCGAUUUGGAACGUUGGUUAACUUACAGGUUGCCUAUAAUGGUGAUCCUGAAGGUGCACUUAUCCAAUUUGCAACAUAUGAAGAAGCAAAGAAAGCAAUCUCAAGUACAGAAGCAGUAUUAAAUAACCGCUUUAUUAAGGUUUACUGGCAUAGAGAAGGAACUACUCAGCAGUUACAGACCACUUCACCAAAGGUAAUACAGCCGUUAGUUCAGCAGCCUAUUUUACCUGUUGUGAAACAGUCUGUCAAAGAGCGGUUGGGUCCUGUACCUUCAAGUACUGUUGAACCAGCAGAAGCCCAGAGUGCUACUUCCGAGCUUCCCCAGAAUGUAACUAAGUUAUCUGUGAAGGACAGGUUGGGUUUUGUAUCAAAGCCAUCUGUUUCAGCAACUGAAAAGGUGUUGUCUACAUCUACUGGCCUUACAAAAACGGUGUAUAAUCCAGCUGCUUUGAAGGCUGCACAAAAAACCUUACUAGUUUCUACCCCUGCAGUUGAUAAUAAUGAAGCACAGAAAAAGAAACAGGAAGCACUGAAACUUCAGCAAGAUGUAAGAAAAAGGAAGCAGGAAAUUUUAGAAAAGCACAUUGAAACACAGAAGAUGCUUAUUUCAAAACUGGAGAAAAACAAAACAAUGAAGUCUGAAGAUAAAGCAGAAAUAAUGAAAACAUUAGAGGUUUUGACAAAAAAUAUUACCAAGUUGAAAGAUGAGGUCAAAGCUACAUCUCCUGGACGCUGCCUUCCAAAAAGUAUAAAAACAAAGACUCAGAUGCAGAAAGAAUUGCUUGACACAGAAUUGGAUUUAUAUAAGAAGAUGCAGGCUGGAGAAGAAGUCACUGAACUUAGGAGAAAGUAUACAGAAUUACAGCUGGAGGCUGCUAAAAGAGGAAUUCUUUCAUCUGGUCGAGGUAGAGGGAUUCAUACAAGAGGUCGAGGUGCAGCUCAUGGCCGGGGCAGGGGUAGAGGUCGAGGACGAGGUGUGCCUGGACAUGCUGUGGUGGAUCACCGACCCAGAGCAUUGGAGAUUUCUGCAUUUACAGAGAGUGAUAGAGAAGAUCUUCUUCCUCACUUUGCGCAAUAUGGGGAAAUUGAGGAUUGUCAGAUUGACGACUCUUCACUUCAUGCGAUAAUUACAUUCAAGACAAGAGCAGAAGCAGAAGCUGCUGCAGUUCAUGGAGCUCGUUUCAAAGGACAGGAUUUAAAACUGGCAUGGAAUAAACCAAUAACUAAUAUUUCAGCUGUGGAAACGGAAGAAGUUGAACCUGAUGAAGAGGAACAGAGAGAGAACAUCACUGCCUGAAUUUAGCUUUAUGACUACAUGAGCAAGCUCUGUCCUGUCCUGUUGUCGGAGACGACUGUUAAUAUCACCAUCCUGUCAUUUGGUUUGCCCUUUUCCAAUCUGAACAGAUGUUUACAUGUGCUGUGGUGACCAUUUUAUCUUUCCAGUCUGUACGAGUACAUCUCAGCCCAGAGGUGUUAUCAAAUGUGUGAAGUUUUUGACCUUACUCACACUGUUUUCUUUCCUUAUUUUAUAGCAAUUUAAUUUGUAAAACACCCUAAGAAGGAACAUGGCCUUUUAAUUUCCUUAUGAGAUAUAUUACAUGGCAGCCAAACUGAGAAUUGUGUCUGGGAAAUCUAUAAAGCCACGAGAGCACUAAUUGAACAGUUUAGAAUGAAGAAAAUGAAUUAAAGAGUUAAACAUAAGUUUGGCUUUAAUUUUUCUUAUUUUUAGGAUGUAUUUAUUGAAUUAGGAUAGCCACUAAAAAUAAUUUUGAGAAGACUAUAAAGUACUUUCCACAUAUUGUAAUGAAUUUGUCUGUUCUUGUGAGUGUAUUAAUUAAUUCAUGUGAUUGCCAGGGCUACUUUCUCCAGUGAACUUUUUGUUGUUGCUCUUAACUCUUCAAAAACAAGGAAAAUAAUUUUAUUUCUUUUCAAGUAAUAAAUGAUGACCUAUGGGUUCUACAAUUGAACUUCUACUAAAUUUGUCUAAUUUACACAGUUUUCAUCACUUGUAAUCAAGACAUCAAAGACAGUCUUACAAGCAAGGGGAAAUAGUGUUACAUGUUUUUUUGACUAGUUUUCAGCUGCUUUAAAAGUGUAUGUGCUAAUAAUAAGCAAUAUAGCUUAAACUUAGAAAGUGGACAAUUAAAAUUCUCAUUCUAAAUAUUAAUAAUCAUUUUAUAGAACACUAAAAUUAUUUUUUCACUGUUAUUUUGAGUAUUCAUUCAUAGAUUCUUAGAGGUAUUUGAGAAAUCUAAUAUAACGAUUCUUAGACAAAUCCAAAUUAUAUUGAUUCUGCCUUUUUUCCUUUUUUUUUUUUUUUUUGUUUUAAGUUCUGCUCAGUCAUACUUAUACAAAGCAGAUAUCCUACAAACACUUUUUCCCGCUUGAGUAUGCAUUGUGGUUGUCUUCAUGAAUAAUAAAAUGUAACAAAUUCAUUAGUCAUGUUAUAAAUUAUGUCUUGAUUAUACAUGCAUGAUUAAAGGAAAAGCAUGUAUUUUAAGUAAUUAUUACCUAAUAACCUACAAGACAUUUUUGUUUACCUCCCCUCCACACUUUUUUGUUUUUUUUUUUAAACGAAUUUUCAUAUAGCUAUGAGGAUUUCAUACCAGAAUAGUUUAUAUUUUUUAUUUUCAAAGAAGUCUUUACAGUGGUAAUGUUGUAGCUGCUUAAGUUAGAGCCAAAGAACAUUGUCCGAAGAGACCAUACCUGCAAGUAACUCUUUUGAUGGGUUAACUGGUGAAUGCUACAUGCUGUCACCUUAAAGUUAUUUUGCUAUUACUUUUUCCUUUUGCUAUUGAAUCAAAAACAAAGCAAAACAAAAUGGAAUAUGCCCUUGGGAAUCAGAAGUCAAGUUGACGUCUCCGUAAGAUCAGUGCAUUUUUUGAAAAUUGUUGGGAAAAUCAGUUGGUCAGUUAUAUUUAAGUCCUUAUACAUUGGUUACUAAAGAUUCUCUUUUAAAAUUUAUUCCUGAAUAAACUCGUCGUGGAGCGAUGUGUACAUAACUGUACAGAAUCAUUUUUGUGUAAUUGAAUGGAGCAGUUUACCUCUGCAUGACUGCAUUAAGGAAGCCUUUUAUAUAUCUUUAUAUUUUUCAAUAUACUUAGAUUUUACACUUGGUCGCUCUAGUCAUGCUAUAUUUGUUGUUUUUUUUAAAUAGAAUUUAUAAAUAUUUAUGCUCAAAAUACAGAUCAAUUAAAUAUUUUUGGUCUUGUUUACAAGAUAAUUCUUUAAAGUGAUACAGUCCCCUCAAGUGUCUUAGGAAACAGUCAUUGGUGCUACCCAAUCUUUUAGUGUCAUUGGGUCUGUUGUCUAGUCUUUGCUAGGCUUUAUUUACUCUGUUGUCGCUUACAGGACUCCAGCUAGCCGCAGAAUUAGAAAACGGUAUGUGCUGAAUCGGGGUACGAGCCCAGCCCAUUAGAGAACACCUGAUAAUUUAAGGAAAUAAUGCAGAAUGACUGAAUCCUUAUUUGUGCCCAGCUUCUCCCAAAAGAAGUAGUUUAUUUUGAUAAGAGGAAGGCUAUUAAUUUGAUUAGCAUUUUAAAAUGAUAUAUUCAAGCAUGGUUUUUUCCUCAUAUUUGAAGUGGAAAACUUUUCUCGUCCUAAAAUAAUUGUGUAAUUUUAGUCUGCUUUAAACUCUCAUCUGUUCUUUACUCACUGAAGGCAGAGAAUUUCUUACAGAUAGUUACAGAGUAUUUGAUGAGCUAUAAAGACAUGGGCUAUUACAUUGUACAAGUUUUCCCUGAUGUAUCAUUUUCAUUUUGCCCCUAAGAUUUUAUUCUAGCACCUUAGUGAAUGUUCUUAAGAUACAGUUAAGUAUCAGCAAAGCAUUCAUACAUGUCUACUUUUGAUUCUCAGAAUCCUAAGCCUGUGAUAAAACUUCAGAACAUACUGUCUGGCACAAAUAUUUUCUUUAAUAAGUGCUUCAUUUUAACUCAGUUUCUAUGGACUGUUGUUGAAUCUGAAAACACCAAAGGAGUCUUUUUCUUGUCUGAAGACUGGGUUGUUCCAGUGGUCAGUACCUGUGCCCAUAAUUAUCCCAUUUCAUGAAUGCGUGUUGGCAUGGGGGAAAUUCCCUGCUCUUUGAGUGGAGCGAAAGUAACUGGUUAAGCUGUAGCAGCUUUCUUGUUUAUUUUUUAAAGUGAUGAUAAAACUUGAACUGAAAAGGUAAAACUUGAACUAGAAAAUUACUCUUGUAUGCACAGAAUGUUUAUAGUAACUGUGUUUAUGUGGGUUGUCAACACUUCUAUUAUUUAUAGUUGAAUUAUGUUGUUUUGUUUAUUAAAU